UUAGGUGUUGAGAAGUUUAAGGGGAAAAUUAUUCACAGUUCGGCAUAUAAGAAUCCUGAAAAAUACCAGGACCAACGAAUCCUCAUUAUAGGUGUGGGAAAUUCUGGAAUAGAAAUUGCUAUUGACCUCAGCCAUAACACAAAGCAGGUCUUUCUGAGCACUAGAACUGGUGCUUGGGUGGUCAAUCGAGUCUCUAAUGAUGGGUAUCCUUUGGAUGUAGUUUAUUUUACACAUUUCAAAAAUCUCCUUUUCCAUAAACUUCCUGUGGCACUGAUAAACCAAUGGGGAGAGAGGAAGCUGAAUAUGAAAUUUAACCAUGAGAACUAUGGUGUAAAGCCACAGCACAGGUUCCUAAGUAAGAGCCCAAUUAUGGGCGAUGAUCUACCAAAUGCUAUAAUUACUGGCAGGGUGCUAAUGAAACCAAAUGUGAAGAAGUUCACCGAAAAAGGUGUGAUAUUUGAAGAUGGCAGCACAGAAGAAAAUAUUGAUGUGGUAAUUUUUGCUACAGGAUACAACUUCUCAUUUCCCUACACUCAGGACUCUAUCCUUGGGACCCAAACAAAUAAACUCUCACUAUAUAAAUAUGUUUUCCCACCACACUUGGAAAAGCACACAUUAGCUGUGAUUGGCUUAAUCAAACCUAUGGGAGCCACUAUGCCUAUAUCUGAGCUCCAAGUUCGCUGGGCCACAAGAAUCUUCAAGG